UCCCCUGAAGCUUGGGUUCGACGUGCCCAAUGAGGAACGAGCUUCGCGGGGGCUGUCGGGAAAGGCCGCCGGCCUAUAUAAGGAGUUUGCUGGGCGUGUCGUCGCGCCCGGGUCGCCGUGCGGUUCUUGGACCGGGGCUGGUUGGGAGGUUGCCUUGGGCUCGCUGAAGCGGCACUUGGGAGACGAUGGCGGAGGGCGAUAAUCGCAGCACCAACUUGCUGGCUGCAGAGACUGCAAGUCUGGAAGAGCAGCUGCAAGGAUGGGGAGAGGUGACGCUGAUGGCCGACAAAGUCCUCCGAUGGGAAAGAGCCUGGUUUCCGCCUGCCAUCAUGGGUGUGGUUUCCUUGGUGUUUCUGAAUAUCUAUUAUCUAGAUCCAUCUGUUCUAUCCGGUGUUUCCUGUUUUGUUAUGUUUUUGUGCUUGGCUGACUACCUUGUUCCCAUCCUGGCGCCUAGAAUUUUUGGCUCCAAUAAAUGGACCACUGAGCAGCAGCAAAGAUUCCAUGAAAUUUGCAGCAAUCUAGUAAAAACUCGUCGCAGAACUGUGGGCUGGUGGAAACGCCUCUUCACACUAAAGGAAGAAAAGCCAAAAAUGUACUUCAUGACCAUGAUCAUUUCUCUUGCUGCGGUUGCUUGGGUGGGACAGCAGGUCCACAACCUUCUUCUCACCUACCUGAUAGUGACUUUCUUACUGUUGCUUCCUGACUAAACCAGACCAAACGGCAGAGCA